AGACUCCGCCCUCCCUCCCGCCUGACCCAUCCCCCUCCCCCCGGUGCGUCUCAGCUCAGUCUCCUCUAGUCGUUGCGAUCGGCCCUACAUGGAGCCCCCCGGAGUCCUGCGCUGCCCCUGAUCCACAGCUGCGGCCCCCCUGCCUCUCUCACUGGAUUCUAUGGUCUCCUCCCCCCGCACCAUGCAGCCCCCCCCGAGAAAGGUGAAAGUGACCCAAGAACUGAAGAACAUUCACUGUGAGCAGAUGACAAAACUGCAAGCCAAGCACCAGGUGGAAUGCGAUUUGCUGGAAGAUAUGAGGACAUUCAGUCAGAAGAAAGCAGCAGUGGAACGAGAUUACGCUCAGACAAUUCAGAAGUUAGCCAGCCAGUAUCUGAAGAAGGAGUGGCCAGUGGUGAAGCCGGAUGAACGAAGCGAGUACAGGAGUAUAUACACGGUGUGGAAGUCGUACCUGGAAGGCACCAUGCAGGUGACACAGUCUCAGAUUAACACCUGUGAGAAUUAUAAGAAUUUAAUUUCGGAGCCGGCCAGAACCGUGAAACUGUACAAGGAGCAGCAGCUGAAAAGGUGUGUAGAUCAGUUGAUGAAGAUCCAGGCCGAGCUGCAGGAGACAGUGAAGGAUUUAGCCAAGGCCAAGAAGAAGUACUAUGAAGCCGAACAGAUGGCUCAUGCGAUGCGGGAAAAAGCCGACAUAGAUGCCAAAUCCAAACUCAGCCUGUUCCAGUCCAGGAUAAGCUUACAGAAGGCAAACGUAAAGUUAAAAGCACGGAGAUCCGAGUGCAACGCCAAAGCCACCCACGCCCGGAACGAUUAUCUGCUUACACUUGCAGCUGCCAAUGCCCACCAGGACCGCUACUACCAGAUUGAUUUAGCCAACGCUAUGAAGGCACUGGAUGGCAAUGUGUACGAUCAUCUGAAGGACUAUCUGACGGCUCUCAGCAGGACGGAACUAGAGAAGUGUCAGGCUGUGCAGAAUACAUUCCAGUAUUUAUUAGAAACCUCCAGUCGGGCUUUCAUGCAACUGAAAUUUCCUUCCUCGGUGAUGCGGGAUUACAAUCUCCAACUCUUUGUACAGGAGAAUUUAGUGUUCCACAAAGCACAGCCCUUCCAGUUCCAGCCUUGUGACAGCGACACAAGUUUUAGUGCUGUUCCUCUGGUGGACAUUGAGCCGUCUCCUGUCAGUGCAAUGAGAAUGAUUUUAGCAAAGAGCCGACAGCUGGAGUCUGAAACUGGCACCACAGAGGAGCACAGCCUAAAUAAAGAGGCCCGCAAGUGGGCUACUCGGGUGGCACGGGAGCACAAGAAUAUCAUCCACGGUCAGCGGGCCCUGGAGGAGCUGGAAUGUCAGAGCACUCCAGUGUCUGAGCAGAGCCGAAUGGAACUUGAACAAAAGGUAGAAGAAACUAGAGAGAAUAUCCGCAAGUCAGAGAUUACAAAGCUAAAAGCUGAAGCCCGUCUGGAUUUGUUACGGCAAAUUGGUGUUUCAGUGGACACUUGGCUGAAGAGUGCAAUGAAUCAGGUCAUGGAGGAGCUGGAGAAUGAACGAUGGGCGAGCCUCCCUACCCUGAUGAAUAAUGGCUCCUCCCACCUGGGAAGCACAGAUGUGGAUCGGGAGGAGGGAGAGGAGCUGGAGGACAGCAUGGAUGCCUUUGAUGACAGCAGUUCCAGUCCGUCUGGCACCCUACGGAAUUAUCCACUGACUUGCAAAGUCAUCUACUCUUAUAAGGCCUCUCAACCUGAUGAGCUGACUAUAGAGGAGCACGAAAUGCUGGAAGUGAUUGAAGACGGAGACAUGGAAGACUGGGUGAAGGCGAGGAAUAAGUCUGGGCAGGUGGGGUAUGUACCAGAGAAAUACCUGCAGUUCCCUGCGUCCAACAGCCUACUGAGCAUGCUCCAGUCCCUGGCUGCACUUGAUAGUCGCUCCCACACUUCCAGCAACUCCAAUGAUGCUGAUAUGGUCUCAGGGAGCCUGAAUGGAGACACCAAUGUCUGUUUUGUGAAAGCACUUUAUGAGUAUGAGGGCCAGACCGAUGAUGAACUGUCGUUCCCGGAGGGGGCAAUCAUUCGAAUCCUGAAUAAGGAGAACCAAGACGACGAUGGAUUCUGGGAAGGAGAGUUCAACGGGCGCGUCGGGGUCUUUCCUUCUGUAUUGGUGGAAGAACUCACUGGGUCUGAAAAUGGAGAUGCCCAGUGGUUUGGCGAUGCUCAGAUCUCUCCAUCUCCGAAGCCGCAGAAUUCUCUUCCCCCUCUGCCUCUAUAUGACCAACCUCCCAUCAGCCCCCUUUACAGCCCAGACAAGAAUAUCUCCCAGUACUUUCCUCGGUCGCCCUCUGGGAACGAAAACAACAUCAGUUUGGAUUCCCCAGGGUCAUCCCACCCACCAAGAAGCAUGCCAGAGACUUACCAUAGCAAACUGCGCCCUGUGCGUGCUGCCCCUCCCCCUCCCAAGCAGGCACAGAGGCGGCCGGCGGAAAAGACAGAAGACGUUGAAAUAACGUUGGUGUAACGAUGGGUUUCCCAAACUCUCUGCUAAUUACAAAGCCAAAUGAGUCGUUUGGUUGAGACGUUAAGGCACCUUCUGCAUGUAGCGAUCCAUCUCACGCCAAGGGAGGAGGAUUUUCUUCAGCCGUGGACUUACAUUGGACUUUUGUGCCUUUUUUUUUUUUUUUUUUUUAAAUAUAAAUGUUAUCGAGCCUCUUUUAGCACAAGAAGCAAUGAGGUUAAAGGCGUGCAAUGUAGGUGAGAUCAGCUUUGUACAGAAAGCCAGAGGCAGCCCUCGCUUUUAUUUUACAUGGGGCGCUCAUUGACAUAUUCUGCUUAUAAAGGAGCGCGAGGAAAUAUUGACCAUCAGUCGGCCAUCUUUUGUGAAAGGGGUUGUUCACCUUUAAAUGAACUUUAUGUAUCAUGUACAGAGUGAUAUUCUUAGACAAUUUGCAGUUGGUUUUGAUUUUUUUUAUUAUUUGUGGCUUUUUUGUUAUUUAUCUUUUUAUU